AUGGCGUACGAUCAGACACAGAGGCGCGACGAGGUGCCUUGGUCACAAGAAGACAGAGAGUAUAGGAGAAGAGCACCGUUCGCAUCAGCAGUUGUUUGCGAUAGUGGAGCGGAACAGGCAGGGAGGAUAACUUCUCCUGGAUCUGGAUCUGAAGAGUACAUUCAGCAGAGCUGGUCGUCAGUACCCACGUAUGUCCAGCCUCACGAGGCCUACUACCACAACAGCAGCUACCAACAACCUCUCUUGCCAGGACACAACAGCGCAUACCAAUAUCGUACUAGCACAGUAGCUGUCCCGCAGAAUGGUCCAGUGCCAACAUUUGGUUGUCCAACGCCGCAGCCCUAUGCAAAUUCGUAUCAAUACGAAAGUACUUAUUCAGCAGCCAGUUACCCAAUAGAUCCGGGGUACACUACCGUAGGACCGGCGCAUGUGUCCCUAUCGCCUUCGUCCCCUACGCCAAGCUACCAAAGCCCGCAAUAUUCUUAUGCUGCUCCAACGACGAACGUCUCCGCAUCACCUCCAGACGUCAGAUACUCCAUGCCACUGGUCCAGUCACUAGAGACAUCUCCGAUCGAUGGCGAGUAUAGCGUACCCUGUCCGUAUCGCUGUGGCACUGUCUUAACAGGUGUACACGCAUUAGGAAAUCUAACGCGUCACCUCAAGACUCAGGCUUGUGCAGGAUCCAGUCGGGCCAAAGUUCGAUAUCCAUGCCCCAUUGAAGGUUGUGAAAGGCAAUAUGCUCGAUCAGAUGGGCUAAGAGUCCAUAUGCGCAGACGACACGGUGCGCCUCCUCCCGUACCACGAACCGAUGGCAUCGUGGAUGAUGACGAACAAUAG